UUUUGGGGUUUGGACAAAAUGUAAAGCCCACAUUGCCUAACGCCAUUACUGCCCUAACUCCCUAUAAAUAACCAACUCCGCCAUUUCAUUCGGCAAGGAGCGACCAUGGCCAUAGGUUUAAGUCAUUCCUACUCAUCACCUUCUGCGGACAAAAAUGGUGAAGAUGAGCUAAUGAAGAAGGUGAGUUUUUCGCCACUGGGGAAAGGAAAUGAGGUCGUAAAUGGCGAAGAAAUUGGGUUCGAUCCGAGUGAACCUCCCCCGUUUAAGAUUGGCGAUAUUCGAGCAGCAAUUCCUGAGCAUUGUUGGGUUAAAGAUCCAUGGAGGUCUUGCUCUUAUGUUGUUCGGGAUAUUUCCGUGGCUCUUGGCUUGGUGGCAAUUGCAUUGCAUUUCAAUAGUUGGAUUUUGUGGCCUGUGUAUUGGUUUGCGCAGGGAACAAUUUUCUGGGCAAUUUUUGUUCUUGGCCAUGAUUGUGGCCACGGGAGCUUCUCCGAGAAUCCCAAUCUCAAUGAUAUUGUGGGACACAUCUUGCAUUCUUCCAUUCUUGUACCGUACCAUGGAUGGAGAAUCAGCCACAGGACUCACCAUCAAAAUCAUGGACAUGUUGAAAACGACGAAUCAUGGGUACCGUUGCCUGAGAAGAUCUACAAAAAUCUGGAUUUGGCGACCAAAUUCCUGAGAUACAAAGUCCCUUUCCCCCUGUUUGCAUAUCCCCUGUAUCUGUGGUCUAGGAGUCCAGGGAAGAAAGGUUCACACUUCAAUCCUUACAGUGAUUUGUUCAAAAGCAGCGAGAGGAAACUUGCACUCACAUCAACAAUCUGUUGGGCUGCAAUGGUUUCUUUUCUCUUUUGUCUAUCCAUCAGAAUUGGACCGCUCCUAUUGCUAAAGCUCUAUGGGGUUCCAUAUGUGAUAUUCGUCAUGUGGUUGGACUUUGUAACUUACUUGCACCAUCAUGGUCAUGAGAAAAAGCUUCCUUGGUACCGUGGCAAGGAGUGGAGUUACUUAAGAGGAGGCCUAACUACUGUGGAUCGUGAUUAUGGAUGGUUUAACAAAAUCCAUCAUGAUAUUGGCACCCAUGUUAUACACCAUCUCUUUCCUCAGAUCCCGCAUUAUCACUUAGAAGAGGCGACAAGGGCGGCUAAACCAAUCAUGGGCAUGUAUUACAGAGAGCCCAAAAAAUCAGGACCAGUUCCUUUUCAUUUGCUCCAAAAUUUGGUAAGAAGCAUUAAUGAAGACCAUUUUGUUAGUGAUAGUGGAGAAAUAGUGUAUUAUCAGAAGGAUUCACCACUCUAUUGAGAGAUUUGCUUCCACUAAGAAGAGUGACUACUGAUUCUUCCAUCGACACAUUAUCUGAAAUAGUGAUUUUUACUGUAUUUCUUGUUUGGGCUGCGUCUCAUGAAUAGGUUGUGGUGUCUGUUAUCUUGAUAUACUAAUAUACUAUGUCUUAUGUAAUCAUAUAAUAUAAUAAGUCAUUGUUUUUUAUGUCCCUAAGAAAUUCCAUUAUAUGAUAAUGUAUUAAUGUAA